AUGGGGGUCACGGAAUACGCCGUGGGCCGCAUCCUGCGGAGCCCCGUCCAGCGGCAGCACCGCGGCGGCCUCUACGUGGCCCGCAGCUGCAAGGAGGCCAUCACGGCCACCUUCUCCUUGCCCGAGAACUCCAAGCAGCUGCUGGCGCCGCGGGUGCUGCUGCGGUGCUACGUCAUGGGGCCCACCUUGGAAUAUCCGGGAAAGCUGGCGGUCUCCGCGCUCAUGCCGCUCUCCGCUGAGCCUCUGGCUGACGUCUUGGACGGCGCCACCUACGCCGCCCGGUGCCGCCGCUUCCGCAGGCCUCGUUCGCAGGCUUGGAGGGCGGCAGCGGCCGUGCCCGCUCCAGUGCCAGAGGCGACCGCUGCCCAGCUGGUCGCAGCGGCUGCAGAAGCCGCAGCGAGGGCAGCCCGGUGA